UUCUGCGUCAUGGAAUGGCCUUAAGCUUUCUCUCUCCUUUUCCGCUUUACCUUCUACCUCUGCGUUCGCCUUAGCAUUUCCCUGUAAAAACUUUCUCAAGAUUAAUUGGUCUUUCUCUCUCUCUGAUCUAGCAAUCCCUUGUUUGUUAAAGCCGUUUGUAUAUUGAAGUCUGAUGUCUCCACCGCUGCUGGUUGCUGAGGAGGAAGGGCAGAGCAAUAUUUCGACAGUAGCAUCUUCACCGUCCUUGGACUCUAUCUCCCAUAAUGGAACUGCAUUAAAAGAGCGUAAUUACCUUGGAUUGUCAGAUUGUUCCUCAUCAGUUGACAGUUCUAGUGUCCCAAGCAUGUCAGAUGAGAAAAAGGACAACAUGAAUUUGAAGGCUACUGAGUUGAGGUUGGGUCUUCCUGGAUCCCAGUCUCCUGAAAGGGAUUCAGAUCUUUAUGCAUCGAACUCAACAAAGCUUGAUGAGAAACCGCUAUUUCCUUUGCUUCCUUCAAAAGAUGGAAUAUGUUCAUCAUCCCAAAAACAUGUGGUUUUAGGAAACAAGAGAGGUUUCUCUGACACCAUGGAGGGUUUCCCAGAGUCUGUGGUGCAGGGGAAUUUUACUGGUACUCCAGGGAUAAAUGUAAUGUCAUCUAGAUCUUCUGGAGCUCAGCCAACCUUUAUGAAAGAAAUACCUUCUAAAGUUUCACAGGAACGGCCUUCUGCAGCCACUGGACUUGGUCAUAAUCAUGGGGGUACUAAUGCUAAUGGCAGUGCGCCAGCUGCUAAGGCACAAGUUGUUGGUUGGCCUCCUAUAAGAUCAUAUAGGAAGAAUUCAUUGGCUAAUACUUCAAAGAACAAUGAUGAAGUUGAUGGAAAACCUGGUCCUGCUGCUCUUUUCGUGAAGGUGAGCAUGGAUGGUGCUCCUUAUCUAAGGAAGGUAGAUCUAAGGAAUUAUACAACAUAUCAAGAACUGUCUUCUGCCCUCGAGAAGAUGUUCAGCUGUUUUACCUUAGGUCAAUGUGGUUCUCAUGGUGCUUCAGGCAGAGAAAUGUUAAGUGAGAGCAAAUUGAGGGAUCUUCUGCAUGGUUCUGAGUAUGUUCUCACUUAUGAAGAUAAAGAUGGUGAUUGGAUGCUUGUAGGGGAUGUACCAUGGGGGAUGUUCAUCGAGACAUGCAGGAGGCUGAAAAUUAUGAAGGGUUCUGAUGCCAUUGGCUUGGCUCCCAGAGCCAUGGAAAAAUCCAAGAGCAGGAGCUAGAUGGGAUCAGAGAUGGAUGAUUGCGUUUUGUUGUGGAGAUCCAAGGAUACAAUAUAAAUGACAAUGCCUGGCUUUUGACGGAGAAAUACGGAUUAUGUUGUUGCCUUAUCUAUGCUUUUAGGUUGUCUUGGUAUCUGUCCAUGUUAAGUUCGUUAUUAAUAGUGAUUGUGGAGUUUGUAAUCUUAGUAGUAACCGGUUUGUUUGAACGCGUUGGACAUCUAUUACAUAGAAGGUCGCCAGCCUACUGUGACCUUAUUUGACAUCUAACUGGCCACUAACUUUGUACGUCUUCGUCACACUUCAGUUUAAUUUCUUGUCAAAAUGUGCUA